AUGUGUUCCGGAUAGCCUCCUCGUUCGUGUGCUUCUCUCAGGUCAGUCACCCGUCGCGGGAACAGGCGAGCGACUAUCUCGUUCCCCCCCUAUCCACCACGUGACCUGACUCGACCCGUCCCUCGUGGCUGCUUUCUCUCUCGACCAGGUCCUGCUCUACCUCCCGCUCGCUCAAGACAUCGCCGGCAAGGAAUGUCUGCUUGCACUCUCCUUGAUGCUCUGCUCCCUCUUCACCUGGUACGCUCGCCAAUGUCAAAUCGGCAUUCCCGAGAAUCCCCCGAGCAAGACGAGCAUCGCGCUAAUCAGUCUCCUCUUCCCCACCAGGAACGCGACAAUAUACCUCAUCGUUCGCAAUACGAGUUUCAGGCCGCUCUCGACCUUACUCUCGGCCAUCGUCGUACCCCUCUUGAUCCCCGCGCUCCUGCUCCUCUCCCUCAAUCUGUACUCGAGCGACCGUCCAACCUUGCCCAAGAACAACAUCCUCGAACCGUUGUGGUCCAUACUGCGACUCACACCGUCGUGGUGGGAGAAGCUACUGGGUGCGAGCUCGCCCAUCUUUACCGUCAUGGAAGGCAUCGCCACAUUGCUGUGCAUUCAAGCCGUCUCGAGGUUCUCCCUGCGACGGAUAGCUGCCUCGAGGGUAAGUCCUUCUCCUAGCCACUCAUCGCGAAAAUGAUGUCACUUGCAAACUCACAUCCCCCUGCACCCCUUGUGUAGACCCCAGAUGUUCUUCAACUCUUUAUCCUCGUCCUCGCCGCCCUAGUCUACGUCAUCGCCGCCUAUUUCCUGUGGCAUGUGAGUCAUCGGCAAGUCUUCAUCUGCCCAUUUACAGCAGCUGAGACCUGGACUUUGUUUCACAGUCGUAUGCCUCGGUCGUCGAUCGCUUCAACGCCACCUUGAUUGGUGUCGAGAUCACUUCGAUUCUGUUCCUGUCUGGCAUCGGCUUCGCGCUGCAGAAGGGGACCGUCAUCGAGACUUCUUUGGUCAUGGCGUGCGUAUGAUCUCCUAAGCUUCAGCUAAAAAGUUCGGAUCUGAAACACAACUCAUACUCGUACAGAUACGCCGUGUUUCAGAUCUUCCAUCUGGCCAAUCGGCCAGCGAUGUACUCGGGCGGCCUGCUGCGCGAUGUGCUGCAAACCCCAGGAUCCAACGGCCAUCCGCCGCUGCCACCCGUCGUUCUCAAGUCGUAGGUCUCUUUCUCCUAUUCGAGUUCGCGAUGCCUCGAUAACUGACGGAUGUGUCUGCUCCCACGACCCAGGCUGGAUCGAAUUUCGACACUGGCGACACAGACUUUCGGAGCAGGUGUCGAGUUCAUCAUUGCAGCGUGAGUGCAUUGCCGAUGACGAACGCCUUGCUUCUCGGCUAAAGUCCCUCCUCCCGACAUCACAGAUCUUCUGCUCUGCCGUUACCUGUCCUGGUAGGGCUUUUCUACCGUGUAACUGUGCUGUACGCGGCUUCGAGGAUCAUCCUCGCCUUGAAGCGCAAGAACGAAGGCUACGAGGACACGAGGAAACUGUCUGAAGAGGACCCCGUGAGCACACACCCCGUACUCCCCCAACCCAAUCCCCGUCGCUCACGCCUGCGCUUGAAUUUCAAUCCAGUUCCCUCGCUUCAUGACGAUCGUGGUCACCUACUCGCGCCUCGUCCUCAUUGCCGUCUACACCCACCUCCUCAUCUCGUCGUCGUCGACAUCGGCACAACACCACGCGACGUUGUGGAGGUGGACCAACGUGUUUUUGACGACGGGGUUGUGGGCCCUCGAGUUGAUGAUUGGAAAGGCGGAAGAUAUGGCUCAGGGGAGGUUCAAGAGUGAUUGA